AGCACGUCAGCAUCUAUUAGAUGACCAAUUGAACUGUCAAAAUUUUAUCUCUCUAAAAGUUUUGAUGAUUUUGGAAAUAACAUAAAUUAAAUCAUGAUGAAAAUGAUAAUUGAGUGAACGAUACAAGCAUUUCAAUAAUGCCACGUUUGUGUUUUAUAGCUGAUUAGUUUAAAACAUGUUUGCGUCUUUAAAAAAUAAAAUUCGCGAAGAAACAGGGAGUGAUUUAUCCAAGUUAACAGCAAAAAUCACUUCUUCCACAGUUCAAAAGAUUGAAUCUUUACGAGGUCGCUCAACUCAAGGUUCAACUUCUAGUUUAAAUUCUAUAGUAUCUUCAGAAAGUGUAAGGGAAGAUGGUCCUAUCGAUUCCGAUGAAUUCAAGAAAAGGUUGAGCAGAAUUGAAUACGAUUUUUUAAGAAAACUAGAUAUCAAAGAAUCAGAAUGGCGUGAAAUAGUUAAAGAAAAAGAUAAAAGGAUACAGUCAUUAGAAAAAGACCGAGACGAAACGCAACAACAGAUAGCUAGUCUAAGAGAGUCUCUUAAGAAUGCUGAAGAAUUCAAUUCUAAAAUACUUUUACACAAAGAAAACAACGAACAGUUAGAAAGUUUACAAAAUCAAGAAUUAAAUAAAGUUAAGAAUUUAGUUCUGUUGAGAGAUCAAGAAAUUAAAGAAAAAUCAAAUGCUCUCAAAGAGGCUAAUGUCCAGUUGGAAAAAUUACGUAAUGAGGUUGCUAGAUUAAGGAGGCAAGAAGAACUCCUGAGUGAUGUACAGGACGAUUUGGAGGCAUUAAGACAUAGUACAGCCAGAGAUUUGGCGCAUCUUGCUUCCAGUUUAUCCAAAAGCGAACAGGAGAGAAAACAUUUACAAGAUUUAGUUGUCAUAUUAAGGCAGAAUAAUAAUGACGGUACAACUGAUGAUAAAGUCAUUUCAGAAAGAAAAUUGUUGGAACAGAGACUAGAAGAGGCACAUCUUCAUUUGACUGAUAUUAAAACAUCUUGGAGCGAUAAAAUAGCAGCUUUAGAAACGCAAGUGGGUAGACUGAGUAGACAGGCAGCCGAAGAAGGAUCUGAAAGGCGGAGAGCCGUACAAGAAAAAGAAAAACUUGAAGAAAAAUUAAAACAGCUCGAGGCCGAAUUGGAAUGUAACAAAUUUGAGUUGAUGAAUAGGGAUAUUAAAAUAAAACGUCUUUCGGAAGAUGUAAAUGAAUUAUCAGCUGAACUCAAAACCAUACAUUCCGAUAACGAAGAAGAAAUUACUUUCCUCAGAACUGAACUUGAUAACGCAAAAACCGAUUUAAAAACAGCAAAGAAAAAUUUAGAUAAUGUAGGUAAUGAAUUGGGAAAAUCAGAAGAAGAGAUAAGUAAAUUGAAGAUCACCAUAGACAAGGAGCAUUUAAUUAAUAAUUCUCUGAAGGAAACCAUAACAAAAUUAGAGAAAGAAUUAUCGGAAGAAAGAGCCAAUUCAUUGAACGUACAAAAGACUUUAACCAGGGUGACUUCUGAAAAGAAUACGACUCUUGUACGUAACGCGGAGAUUUCCCAACAAAUGGAACUAGUCAAACAGGAAAUGAGACAACUAGAAAGAGAAAUGUCGGAACAUUUGAAUCGGUUAUCAAAUUUGGAAGAAGAAAAUACCAAAUUGAAGGAUAGCGUGCAAAUAGAACAAAGACUGAGAAAAAAUAUAGAGGAACUACAAGAACAGAUCGCAGAAAAAAAUAAGAAUAUAAAAACCUUGCAGCUACGUUUGGCCGAUAUGAAAAAGACUCUACAACAAGAAUUGAGAACUCCGGGAAACCCUAAUUACCAUUCUGAUUUAUUGGAUCUUAAUUCUGCUGCUAUUUUGACUCCGACUCAAAUGUCAAUUCGACAUUUUCCUUCGCUGGUUAAAAGAGACGACGAAGAUGUUAAUUUUAAAUAUUUGAAACACGUUAUUUUGAAAUUUUUAACUAGUAGAGAAUACGAAGCUCAACAUUUAAUUAAAGCAAUAUCGACACUAUUGAAAUUUACGACAGAAGAAGAAAAAUUGAUACAAGACACUUUGGAAUGGAAGAAAUCGUGGUUCGGUUCCAAACCGAAAUAUCCGACGUCGGGGGGUUGGAGCAGUGGACAUCAUAACCGCAGGUGAAACUACCUGUAUGAAAACAACAGCCCUUUGUGCAUCUACAGAUCUUGAGGCACAAGGAUGAGAUCGUCUCCCAGUCUAAUUUGGUGACUGGUAAGCAAAUCCUGAACCUGAAAAGAGAUCAAAAACCACAUAAUUGAAUGAAAAUAAACUCUAAUGAUGUUGGAAAUUGCGUACGAUUCCAACUACAGGAGACUAGAAAGAAACAUGUGCCCGUUUGGCCAACAAAUUAAGAACACAAUUUUUAAAAAUUCUGUCGCUUCUCGGGUCGGGAAUGUCCCCGCAGUCAUCCAUCUUGUUAUUUUCCCGACUCCUGGAGAACUAAGGGUUCGACGUUGGAGGCACCAUGCUUGGACAGUCGAUUGUUGUGAAGGCCCGUGGCGCCGGUUAAAGAAAAAAUAAAUAAUAAAUUUGAUGAAUCUUAAUCGUAGAGUAAGAUCCAAGACUGAGAUGGUUAACAUUUUUCGAAAGUUUCAGAAAUGCCUGUCCGUAUUUUAUUUCUUUGUCUAUGUCCAGUCUUCAAAAAGCUUUAUGCCCAAAUACUUAAGUUUACUUUUUCUAUGGUCCCCCCUUCUUUAACUAUUAAAUAAUAUAAAAAUAUAAUAAAACUAUUUAGCGGUGUGUAUUUAGAGUCUUUGAUUAGAGCUUUUUUAUUUAUUUAACUAAGUACAUACUUUCAGGGAAUCAUUAUAUACAUUCCGACUGUAUGUGAUAUACGGGGUACAUUCAUAAACUAAGUUUGUAUAUAUGUAUAUAACCUUGUUCUUUAUGUGUAUUUAUACAUUUUCCAAAAAAAAAUAUCAAUAUAUUUAUUUCCAAACAAA